UAUGUAUCAAUCUAUUUUACAUACACCGUUUUUACUGUUGUAUAUUGUUGCUUUGGUAGUAGUAACAAAUGCCGAUAGAAAUCUUCUAACAUCAACUUCUGAUUCUGGUGUUUGCUUUUAUGGAAAAACUGCUGAACGAGUACUUAGCAUAUUGGCAACUGGUAGAUACAGAUCUGUGCUGCCUUCAGAAAACAAAAUUCAGGACUGCUCGGAUUUACACCGAAAACAUGAUAGAAGUGGGGUGUACAAAAUCUACCCGGAAGGUGGCGCUGGAUUUAAUGCGUAUUGUGAUAUGAAGACGGAUGGCGGACGAUGGACGGUUUUUCAGCAUAGACAAGAUGGUAGGGUAGAUUUCUAUCGAGGAUGGCAAGAAUAUGCAAAGGGAUUUGGUAAUCUAAGGACGGAUUUCUGGUUAGGUAAUGACAAACUACACAAACUAACAUCUAAUGGAUAUUAUGAGCUGAGAGUCGAUUUGGAGGAUUUUAAUGGUGAUAAAGCAUUUGCAAAAUAUUCCACAUUCAUCAUCGGUGACAAGUCAACUAACUACAGACUUACAGUGAAGGGUUACAAUGGAACGGCAGGUGAUUCUCUAAAGCACCAUAAUAAUCAGGCUUUCUCGACAAAAGAUAAGGAUCAUAGCAGUGAUUGUGCUAAAAAAUAUAGAGGUGGUUGGUGGUAUAACGUCUGUCAUGACGCUAAUCUAAACGGACUGUACAUAGGAAAUAAAAAGGAUACCAAAGGAAUGUGUUGGAAUCAUUGGAAAGGAACUCAGUCGAUGAAGACCACAUCAAUGAUGAUUCGUAGAGUACGAAUUUAACACUGUUGGUUUUAAUUUCAAAAAAUAAAAAUAUAGAUUGCAAA